UAAGAAAUAAAUUUUAUUUCAAUGCAAUCAAGUGUUCAAAAAUCUUCAAUUAUUAAAAGAAGCACCUUUUUGAAUCAAUCUUAAGCUUUUACAACAGCUACUCGUACGAGUUCUGCAUUUAAAGACAGUAGUGAUAAAAAAGAAUUAAGAAGGUAAGUUCUAGUGAUCGAUAAUUUAGGUAUCCUACAGAAUGGGUGGAAUAAAUAGAUAACAAAUCAGAUAACAAAUUUCAUCACACAAUUUUGAAUAAAAGCAAGGAAGAUCAUAAUCCCAAUUUGGCAUCGCCCAGCAAAAUAUUUGGAAUUCAAGAUGGGUACUAUGUAUUGCACUAUUUAAAAGGAAUAACCCAAGUAGAUUUCACACUUAGAAUGAUGAUAUGUUAUCUGCAUUUAGAAGAAAGAACUAAUCACUUGGAAAUUUGGGAAGUUGGUAAUUUUAAUCUCCUUCGACUUAAUCUACUGCAAAAGACAAUAGCAAAACUAUAACCCAUUCAUUUUCUAAAAGAAUAGAUCAAGCUGUCCCAUUAUCUGAACUAUUGGAAAUUUCAAGACAAUUGGAUUGUUCAUAGCCAGAGGAGAUUAAAUAAUUAUCAAGAGGCUACGUGAAUGAACUUUUCUAAUUGUCAUAAAAAAUAGAUAGAGCACUUAGAAAUAUUAGCAGAUGAAC